AUGGACCACGACCACGACGCGGACUUUUCAACGGAUGAGGUGGAUCACGAGCACCGAAGUACAGGUAAUAAAAAUGGUGGCAAGAAGGAUGAUGGGAGUAAAGGUGAUGGGAAAGGGGAUAGAAAGGGUGUGAUCAACAGGGUGAACAGGGCAUGUAAUAAUUGCCGAAGGAUGAAGAUGCGUUGUGUAGGUGCGGACGAUCCCCCAUGCAAGCGAUGUCGAAAUGGAGGAUUGGAAUGUGUGAUGGAGAAGCCUGGAAAAGCCAGCGGAGGUGAUGCACAUGUUGGCGAAGACCGAAUUCGAUCACUCGAAAGUCAAGUAUCGGCAAUACAGAAUACAUUGACAGAUCUAGUCACGACGCUUCGGGCUGGCAUGUCAUCAGGAGCAUCGAACGCUUCAGCUCCUACGCCCGUCAAUGCCAGUACGACUACUCCGGACUAUGCCCCCUCGGUCGGUAGUCUCCCAUUACCCAAUUCAACCAUUCAUGGUUUGAUGGGUCCCCCGCAUGGUAAUUCACCUACAAUGAAUCCAGCAGCAAUGGACGCGUAUGGUCGUGUACCUGUACCAAAUGUAUUUCCCAAUACUCAAUCGGCUCAGAAUCAAAAUCAUACAAACAACCCUGUCGAUCCUUUCCGAUCCCUCGCAGGGGCAGUAGCAAACAAUCAGACUUUCCUUCCUCCUCCACAAGAGCCUCGCCGACCUGUCGUGCUUGAUGAGAAUCUAAGAAGACAAAGUGUCCCUGUUGGUAUUCCCACAUGGCCUCUAGGUCAUCUAGCUGAACAAGAACAACAACCUCAUACUCGUCAUAUGUCAUUACCCCCUUCUAGAGCUGGCUCAAUGGGACCUGAAGAUAUUCUUGGUCCAGAGGAGAUCAUCAACCCUCUAGGAGAGAUGUCCAACAUGGCUGGGUUGGUCGAAGCUGCCGUAGAAAGAGCUAGAGAAGAACAAGCCAUUUCGGGGAGUACCAACGGUGAAACGCCGAUGAAAAGGUCUGGAAGUGAUAUGAAAAGAUCAGGUUCAGGUAAUGAAGACAAGAAAGUAACUAAAAGAGCUCGAUUCGUCCCUCCCCAUCCUGUCGCCUACGGACCUGUUAUCUACGAAAACCAGAAUCUCCCUCCGAUAGCUGUUGGACCGGGAUACAAAGCUGGACCUAAGAGACAACAUAUUCAUGCGUUCCCGGAUGCUGUGACGGAAGGUCUGGUCUCAGAGGAAGAGGGCAGGGAAAUGUUGAAAAUCUACUAUAUGGGUUCGUCAAACUUCAUACCUUGUUUUGAUCCUAGAUAUGAUACUUGGGAUUCACUUCGCACCCGAUCACCUUUUGCUCUCACUACUAUCAUCUUCGUUGGCGCUCGAGUCAGAGAUGGAGGUGGACCUCACAGUGCAACGCAGACUCUGUGCAGAGCUCAUGCGGAGAAGAUAGUGAGAAUGGCGGUAGAUAUGGGAAUCAAUCGAUCUUUCUUACAUUUACUUAGAACGGGCAUGGGUAAAGGUAAAUCAGAAGCCGAAUUGGAACAAGAACGAUCUCUUGUCGUCCAAUCUAGAAUCUGGUUAUGUCUUUAUCUGAUGGAACACCAAAUGGCUUAUGGAACUGGUCGUCCAGCGAUCAUCCGCGAAGACGAAACGAUUCAUCAAUGUCGUCGAUUACUUGAACAUCCCUUAUCGAUCCCCUCGGAUGCAAGAUUAGUAUCGACUGUCGAGAUGACCGCUCUUCGAUCACCAUUACAUAUCGAACUGACUUCCACGCCCGAUCUGCCAAUCACUGAAGGCACACUCAAACGAUUGAAACAGGCAAAUAACGAUUUUGACGCUUGGGAAAGAUACUGGGAUAGAGUUUUGUCAGAUAGGUUCGGAAAAGGAAAAGGUGAUUUCUUCAGGGAAUCCCUGAUAAUCCAAAGACAAUAUGCGGAAUUAUUUGUGAAUUCUCAACUUUUGAGAGGAAUCAGAGAACCUGCGGAUGUCGCCAAGAUGCCAGAUGAGAAGAGGGUGUUGGCCAUUCGAGCGAUGAGAAAUGCUCAAAGAUGUUUAGAAAUUUGUUUGAGGGGAGAUAAUUAUCGAAAUGGACUGAAAUACGCUGUUCAUUAUACACAUGUCUGUGCUGCUUUCGCGGCUUCUUUCUUGAUUCGAAUCGCCCGUUUAUUUCCCAAUGAGCUGAAUUUGAAGAAGACCGCCAAGGAUGUAGAGGAAUUAGCAAUGGUCUUAUCACAAAUCCCCGCUGGAAGAUAUGCACGAUCCCUUCGAUUGAUCUUGCGUAAAGCCAGAAGACAAAAAGUGAUACCUGCACCUAGUGCGAUGCCAUCGCCUAACAGGAUCGCCAGUGCGCUACCGAACUUAUCUGGAUCCGGAUCUGGAAAUGUACCUGGACCUCGUAUGGGAUCUGGUACACCAGUAGAUAUGACCUCCGCAUUAUCAUCAACAGCUGCCAGUGCAUUUUCACCUUCUCAACUUGUUAAUCCGGCAUUUUACCCUAGUCCCGCUGCUGGUGGUGUGCUUCCUCCAGCCAAUAUGUCACCUAGCUCCGCGGCUGUUUUUAUGGCCACGGGUCAAUUAAUCAAUGAUAGUCCCUCUUCAGCUGAAUUGUUCGAAUUUGAUUCACUGUUCGCUCAGGAGACUAUGGAAAAGGCUGGAAUACCCUUAGGAGAAGAUAAUCAAUUGCCUUUAUUCUUGGAUGGGCAAUCAUUGGGAUCAUCGGCAAACCAACUUGACAUGGCACCGUAUGUCGGCUUGGAACAAUUCUUCUUACCUCAAGAAGUGGAUAAUAGAUUGACUGGGCCAGGGAAUGGAAUCAACGAUGGGAACAUGGGAGGGGAUGGAUUUACGGGAGGUGAUAGUUCUUGGUGGUGA